GUGAGUUUUCAGAAAGAAGCCUGGAAGGUUCGCACUUCAUGGUUGCAGCAGAGACUGCUAAAACGCUGUCGUUUCGAUGCUCCUCUUGUUCUCAUUAGCUUUUCCGGCGGUUUCUCAACGACCAAUCACUGCUUUUAUUCUUCGCUGCCAGUAGUGUACUACUGGACCAUCUCACAACGUUUCAGUGACAAAAAUGGGUUCGUCGCAGUCAAAGCCUCUCAUACUGGCAAAGAAGCCAAAGCCGCAAGCAGUAGUUACAGAUAGGAUCAGUGAAUUACCUGAUGCAGUUCUUUGUCACAUACUUUCCUUCCUUCCAACGAAACUUGCUGUGAGAACCAGCAUUCUGUCUACAAGAUGGAAGAACAUAUGGGCUUCUGUUCACAAUCUAGACUUCGACGACGAAUACGAUCCCUGGAUAGAGAGGGAUGACUCUUUCUCGAUGUUUGUCGACCGUGUACUUUCCUUUCGUGACUCAGCCGACAUUCAUAAGUUCCGUCUUCAUUGUUCCGGUGUUAAGGAUUUCUCUCGUAUUGAUGGUUGGAUUCGCACUGCUAUUGACCGUAAUGCUGUUGAAUUUGAUCUUCGUGUUUACUCCUAUUCCGAUUUCCAGAUUUUUGAGUUGCCUCAAAGCUUAUUCAUGUCCAAAACACUGGUGGUUUUGAAGCUAAAUUCAGAUUGUCUUAGAUAUGUUCCUCCUAAGUCAGGGUGUUUCCCAAGUCUCAAGUUCCUCCAUGUUACAGGCGAUUAUCCUGCUGAUGAAUCAAUAGAAAAGUUAUUUUAUUGCUGCCCUGUGCUUGAAGAUUUGACUAUAGAUGGAGUUGUUAGACAUGAUGCAGAUGUUUACAUCUCUGCGCCUGAAUUGAAGACGUUAAGAAUAAGUUUAAGUGGUGAAGAUUUUUCUCCUCAGAACAGUUUUUCUAUAAAUGCUCCAAAGCUUGAAAAACUUUAUGUCAUGGAGAAUGGUUUGUCAAAUUACAUUGUGAAGAAUCCGAAGUCCCUGGUCAAAGCCAUUGUUAAUCUCUAUUCACAUUAUUCAUGUUCACACCGUGACUUCUCUAAGUUUUCAAGUGCGCUUCUGGCAGGAAUUUCCAAUGUUAAAUAUUUAUCUCUUUCAGCUCAUUUGUUGAAGGCUUGUAGUGUGCCUGCUUUUGAUAAUUUGAGCGAAUUGAAGCUGGUUCUUCAUAAUUGCGACAAUUGGGAAUUGCUAACAGAGCUGCUCAAGAGAUCACCUAAUUUGGAGUAUCUUGUCUUAGAACAUAAUGAAGUUGCGUGUACUAUAUACUCGGACGAUGAAGAAUACUUCGCGGAAUACUUCGACCAUGAAUGGAAUACACCAGAGACCGUGCCUGUUUGUUUGUCCGCCCACCUCAAGAGUAUCACCAUAAGGGGAUUCAAGGGAGACUCUGAUGAGAUGGAAGCGGCGAAGUAUUUGUUAGAGAAGGGUAAAGUUCUGAAUAAGGUGACUAUUUAUGCUGGUGAUUUGCUAUGUAGAAGAGAGGAGUUAGACAAGGAACUUGAGUUGAUUCGAAGGGGUUCGAGGACUUGUCGAGUUGAAUUUUUCUGAGAUGCAAUUUCUAGCUUUUGCAACAAUUGUGCUGUUGAAAAGUCCAAUUCUGGGUUUUAGAAGGAUUCUGUUGUCUUUUAUUUCUUUUGGGCGACUAAAAGGAUUAUGUUAUCAACAAAGUUGUAAUAUUUAGCAACCCUUUUUUUUUUUUUUUUUGUUGAU